AUGGCAGCAGGAGAGCAGCCAGAGCACAUUCGUGGAUCACAUUUUGCUAAACUUGGUCUCCAGGGAGAUUUUGAGAAUCUGAAUGAGAACAAUGGGCCAUACUGGGUGCUGCUGGGCAGGCACAACCUGACGUUACCAGAGCCACUGGACCAGGUUAUUCCUGUAGAGAAAUUCAUCAUACACCCAGAAUAUAAUGACAGUAAUGUGGCCAAAUGCUAUGACAUCGCCCUCCUUAAGCUGUCACACAGCGCUAAGCUGACACCUGAAGUGAAGCCUGCCUGUCUCCCUCCUGCUGGCUACACCCCACCCCAUGGAACGAAAUGCUACAUCACUGGCUGGGGCACCACCUCCACUGGCGGGUCAGUCUCAGAUGUUCUACUGGAGGGGCUGCUACCUGUGGUGCACUAUGAACACUGCUCCCAGCCAGACUGGUGGGGCUCCACUGUGAAGCAUUGCCACAUUUGUGCUGGUGGAUACAAAGUCUCUGGCUGUAUUGGUGACUCUGGAGGACCCCUCAACUGUCCCGGAGAGAAUGCUGAGUGGGAAGUCCAUGGUGUGACCAGUUUUGUUUCUGCCUGUGGUUGCAACACUGCGAAGAAGCCCACGGUGUUCACCCGCAUGUCGUACUUCAUUGACUGGAUUAAGGAGGUGAAGACUGAGCAGAUGGGAGGGCUCCUGGUUGCAGGCUGUGUUGACAUGGAGGAAAGUCAGAUCUUGAUCACUGGAGUUGACUUCAGGAAGUGGUGCUGA